AUGUAUAUAUGCCGCUGGAAAAUAUAUUCGUUAUUGAAAAGUGGUGCGUUUUCCACAAACACAAAGCGCACUGCUAAAGAGCUUGUUACGGCACUGACACUCCAGUCCGCUGUGCCUGUGUUAGCGAUUUUUCCUGCAGCUGUUUUAUACGUGCUUGUCCAGUUUGGCAAAGUCACCUCAAUACAAACCAUAUCGAGCUAUCUCAUCGUGCCGUGUUUAUGCAUC